CAGACAGGCACGUUUGUAUGUAUCUCCUCCCAGUUCAUGAAGAAGUCGUUAUUUUCUAUCAUUUCAGAUCACACCAUUCAAAUAGCUGCCUGUUGGUGGUGACCUCAUGGCCAAUACAUACAACGUGACUGAAUUCAUUUUCCUGGGAUUGUCUCCCAAUCAGGAAGUGCAGAAAGUUUGCUUUGUGAUUUUUCUGCUCUUGUACGUGGCCAUUGUCCUGGGGAAUUCCCUCAUUGUGCUCACUGUCCUGACCAGCAGAAGUCUGGGAUCCCCCAUGUACUUCUUCCUCAGCUACCUGUCCUUUGUGGAGAUCUGCUACUCCUCUACUACAGCCCCCAAACUCAUCUCAGAUCUGCUGGCUGAGAGGAAAACCAUACCUUGGUGGGGCUGCAUGACACAGAUUUUCUUCGUGCACUUCUUCGGGGGCAUCGAAAUGUUCAUUCUCACAGUGAUGGCCUAUGACCGCUAUGUGGCCAUCUGCAAGCCCCUCAACUACACCACCAUCAUGAAUCGGCAGGUGUGCAUGGUCCUGGUAGGAAUGGCAUGGGUGGGGGGCUUUGUGCAUUCCCUUUCCCAGAUCCUUCUCGUCUUCCAACUGCCCUUCUGUGGGCCCAAUGUGAUUGACCACUAUUUCUGUGAUGUGCUCCCCUUGCUCCAACUGGCCUGCUCAGACACUCUCCUCAUUGGUCUGCUGAUUGUUGCUAAUGGGGGGACCCUGUCUGUGAUCAGCUUUGUGGUCCUCUUGGUGUCCUAUGUGGUCAUCCUGCUUCAUCUGAGGACUCGGAGCUCUGAGGGGAGGCACAAAGCCCUCUCCACCUGUGGGUCCCACAUCACCGUGGUCAUGUUGUUCUUUGUACCCUGUGUCUUCAUCUACAUGAGGCCUUCGACCACUCUGCCUGCAGACAAGAUGGUAGCCGUGUUCUACACAGUGGUGACCCCACUCCUCAACCCUGUCAUCUACUCCCUGAGAAAUGCUGAGGUGAAGAAGGCCAUGAAGAGGCUGUGGACCAGGACAAUGAAACUAGGUGGGACAUAGAGGCUGAGCCUUGGUACUGGUCCUUGGCUUUGGAAUGAUACUGGGUUCAAACUUAAGAGGCACAAUGGAUAG